GAAGUUCAAAACAAUGUAAACAAUACAACAACGGGAAACCGAAAAUGAUUGAAUACAUGUAUAUUGUUAUUUUCUUAAUUCUUAUAACAGGAUGUGAAUCGAACGCAUUUUCUGUUACCUUUGAUCCUAAGUCAAUAAUUUCGACCACUUCAAAACAAUUUGUCGGUGUGACGUUAGAUACUGGUCUCCUCAGAGUUCGGUGGGAUAAAUUGGAUUUUAGGUCACCCAAAGUGUUGACACUGGCUAAAGGUUUAUCGCCAUACUCCAAGACAUACCUCAGACUGGGUGGUACUGCUGCAGAUUUUUGUACAUUUACUCUUUCAAACAAUACUAGUAGAAAUAUUAAAAAGUUACAUCCAGGAAGAUUGUCAAAGGAUGAUCUUCUAUUUCAUUUAAAGAGGAACAAACACAAGAAUCUCACAGAGUUCUUUAUGACAGGAAUAACUUGGGAUGAAAUUCAUGAGUUUGUUCAGGAAGCCAAAUUGGAUUUGAUCUUUGACCUCAACGUGCUGAAGAGAACAAAAGAUCAGAAAUGGAACAGCACAAAUGCUAUAGAGCUACUGAAGUAUACCCAAGGGCGAGGUUACACAAUGGCAGGAUGGGAACUAGGAAAUGAGCCCAACAGCUUCCAUCAUUUGAACUCAUCUUUAAAUGUCACUGCAGAAUCACUUGGAGAUGAUUUCUUUCAAUUAUCACAAAUUUUGAACCAAUUUCCUAAAAUCAAAGGGAGUGUAUUGACUGGACCAAGCACAACACAGCUGAAUAAGAAACCAACCAUCAAAUAUUUCUCUGAUUUCAUGGCGACAGAAGGAGGAAGAGAAGUGACAUCUCCAAAUUUUCACCAAUACUAUGUUAAUGGAAGAAUUGCCACAGUGGAUGACUUUACAAACUCAGAAGUCCUAGACAGCCUACAGGAUGAGCUUAGGACUGGGAACAGGAUCAUUGAGGCUACUGGUAGGAAGCGUAAACUGUGGCUAGGAGAGACAAGCUCUGCCUAUGGAGGGGGAGCAGAUGGACUGUCAGACGCCUAUGUGGCUGCAUUCAUGUGGUUAGACAAGUUAGGAAUAUCAGCCAAGAACAAUGUAGAUGUUGUACUGAGGCAGAGCUUUUAUGGAGGGAAAUACGCCCUGCUAGAUGCCACAACAGUAGAUCCAAAUCCUGACUACUGGCUUACUGUGUUGUACAAGCGAUUGGUCGGAAACAAAGUCCUUAACGUCAUCUCCUCACCGCUCUCUGGAGACGUCAGGUUUUAUGCCCAUUGUUCAGCAGAGGGGUUUCCCCAAGGAUCAGUGACAGUCUACGGAAUGAAUUUAUUGUCCAAAGGGGUCAAUGUGACAUUUCCCCAGUUUGAAGCUCAACUUAAAAUUUAUCUCUUAUCUGCUCCAAACCAAAACCUGAAAUCUAGAUUUGUAAACUUGAAUGGGAUUACCCUGGAGAUGACCUCUGACACAAGCCUACCAGAGCUGACCCCAAGGUCAGGGCCAAAUCUGCUGUUUCUGCCACCAUUUUCCUAUGUUUUUAUCGUAGCUGAUAACAAAAUCUACAGUAAAAGUUGUCUAGACACCUGAAAUGAGUGAUAUCUAGUAGUUAUGUAAGAUUUAUAACAAUACAUGUAAAUAGAGGAAAGACUGUCUAGAGACUUUUUGAGACCUCAUAACAAUGUCUCAAUACCAUGAAAUACCAAAGCUGUGAUUCUGAAUAUGCAGGCGGUAAAAAACUGAUUGCCUUGUGGGAAUCUCUUGGGCUCUGUCAAGUGCGAUAGUGACAUUUAACUACAGAUUGGUGCUUUUAUGUCAUUUACUUGAAUAUUUGAUCGAAUCUCUCUGGAGUGUUUUAGAGUGUUGGUGCAAAUCUGACAUAUAGAAAACUACAGGGCUUAAAUGUCAUCUAAUUUGAUUUUAUUUUUUUUAAAGUGAACUUUAUGCAAGUUUCCAUGGUUGACUGUUAUUAUAUGGAUCUUGAAUCUUGCAUAAAGCGUACAUGUAUAUUUGCAAACAAAAGAGAGAGAGAGAGAGAGAGAGAGAGAGAGAGAGAAUUUUGAGAUAAUUUGUACAUAUGAUGUUUAUACUGCUGUUGAUAAUAAAUGAUGAAAAUA